CACAGGCGGACUCCGCGGCGCAGACGCCGGCACUGUCAGUCGCGCGCCGGCAGUCGUCGCUGCAGGAACCCAUCGCCUCGCAGCAAGUGUUCGCUCCCGCCGACGCCAGCUGCGCUACCUACAGAUGUCGAGCAGCACGGAAGACAUCACGGCGCGGCCCGCCGCCGAGCCAAUGACAGGCGUGGACAACCCCGUAGCGCUGCAGAUGGUGGCAGCCGAGGAGGGCGGCGCAGCGGGCGCCGGACCGGCCGCAGAGGCCUCCGGCGGCGGCCCCGGGUCGGCGGACGUCGGCCUGGAGCUGCAGACGCUGCAGGAGCGCCGCCGCCGCCAGUUCACGACGCAGCACUCCACCCUGUGGACGCGCCGCCAGCAGGCCGUCUGCGUGCGCCGCGCCUACAAGAAGUACGGCUCCAAGUCCGCGCCCAACGUCAUCCUCGACGGCCUCAACAUGACCGUCCCCAAGGGCACCAUCUACGGCCUGCUCGGCGCGAGCGGGUGCGGCAAGACGACGCUGCUGAGCUGCAUCGUGGGCCGGCGGCGCCUCGACGGCGGCGAGAUCUGGGUGCUGGGCGGCCGGCCCGGCUCCCGAGGCUCCGGCGUCCCGGGCCCGCGCAUCGGCUACAUGCCACAGGAGAUAGCCCUGUACGGUGAGUUCGGCAUAAGGGAGACGCUGACAUACUUCGGAUGGCUCGCAGGCAUGUCAGCCAAGGAGGUCGAUGCCAAGUUCGACUUCUUAAUCGAACUGCUGAAGCUGCCCAACACCAGCAGGUUCGUCAAGGAACUCAGCGGCGGCCAGCAGCGGCGCGUGUCCCUGGCAGCAGCGCUGGUGCACGACCCCGAGCUGCUCAUCCUGGACGAGCCCACAGUCGGCGUGGACCCCGUCCUCAGGCAGAGCAUUUGGGAUCACCUGGUGAGCAUCACCAAAGAAGGCAACAGGACAGUCAUCAUCACCACUCACUACAUCGACGAGACACGUCAAGCUGGCAUGAUUGGUUUGAUGCGUGCUGGAAAAUUCUUGGCAGAGGAAUCUCCAGAAGACUUGCUUCGUAACCAUGGUUGUGACUCUUUGGAAGAUGUCUUCCUAAAACUGAGCAAGAUACAAAACCGGGGGAAGAGAAGAAGAUCAAGUUUCAUGCAGGAGAUCAUGGCAACAGUACCUCCGCCAGAAGAGCCUGUCUCAUUUGACCUCAACUCAGAAAUUAGUGGAGAAUUUGGUGACAACAUCAGCCUCUCCAACAAGGAAGCUGAAAUUCCUACUGGUCAACCAUCAGAUCUUCCUCCAGAUGAUGAGGCAGGAAAUGAGUGGACAGAUAUGUUCAAGGUCGCGCAAUUGCAUCACCUGAAGGCUCUUCUUUGGAAGAAUGUACUGUGGAUGUGGCGAAACUAUGGGUUUAUGGCAUUCUUAUUUGGUUUGCCUGUUGUAGAAACUGCUCUCUAUUGUCUUACAAUUGGACGUGACCCAGUGGGAUUACAUUUAUCUAUUGUUAAUCAUGAGCUCAAUAAUACUAUGGAUCCAUGCCCAAAACAUGAAGGUUGCAGCUAUGAACUAUUAAGUUGCCGGUAUCUGCAGCAUCUUUCGAAACGAGGAGUAAUACUGGAUCCCUAUGAAGAUUAUGAUGCUGGACUUUAUGCUGUCCAGAAUGGACAUGCAUGGGGACUUCUUGAGUUUGCUUCUAAUUUCUCUCAUAGCCUUGUUAAAAGGAUUAAUGAAAAUCGGGAGGCUGAAUGGUAUGAAUUAGAAGGCAGUGAUGUAAAUGUAUGGAUGGAUAUGUCAGAUCAGCAAAUUGGUAAUAUGCUUAGGAGGGAUAUGGUAUACUCCUUAAUGGAUUUUUCACAAGAUAUACUUUCUGCCUGUGACUAUAAUCCACAUCUUGCGCAAACGCCAUUGAAGUUUGAGAAGCCUGUUUAUGGUGCAAUAAUUCCAAACUUCAGAGACUUUGCUGCUCCUGGAGUCCUCUUAACGAUCAUUUUCUUCCUGUCUGUGGCAUUGACAUCUGGUGCAAUGUUAAUUGAGAGAAAUGAUGGUCUUCUGGAAAGGGGUUUGGUUGCAGGUAUUACAGUGACCGAGAUAUUAUUUUCACAUGUAGCUACACAGUUCAUGGUUAUGUGUGGCCAAACAGCUCUUGUGCUUGUAUUUUCAUUCCCUGUUUUUGGCAUAACAUGUGUGGGCAACAUGGGUAUUGUGAUUGCACUUACAAUGCUGACAGGAUUCUGUGGAAUGUGUUUUGGUUUCUUUGUAUCCUGUGUGUGUGCAACAGAAAGGACUGCUACAUAUCUUGCUAUGGGAAGCUUUUUACCAAUUGUUAUGCUCUGUGGUAUUAUAUGGCCAAUUGAAGGCAUGCAUCCGAUCCUGAGGUACAUAAGUUUCAUAAUGCCACUGACUCAGUCAACAGAAUCCUUGCGAACUGUUCUUGCCAGGGGAUGGGAGUUUCAUCAGCCAACUGUCUACUUUGGAUUCGUCUCUACGUUCAUUUGGAUUAUUGUCUACCUGACUGUGAGUGUACUAGUGUUGAAGUUCAAGAAAGGAUAAUGUAUGAGUGGAAAUUAAAACUCAUACACAAAUAUUACAGCAACUGCUGUAAGAAGACAGCAUUCACUUCUGUGUAUUUCACAUCUGGUGAAGCUAUCAAACAAAAUCUGUGAAGCAGAAUUGUUCUGUUUCCCAUGGAGCUGUUGCUUAACAAAGAAUGAACAUUCAGAAAGAAUUCUGAUAGAAUCUUUAGGCAGCACUGUUCCAUGGUGUAAGAAUUGGUGAAACUGUAAGGGUUCUGUUACAUGUAUGUUUUUGUUGAACACUUAUUAUAUAAGUGAUAUAUAUAUAUAUAUAUUUUUACUGUUUUAUGUGUAUGUUUUGUGCGUAUUUACAUGCAUACAGUAAUUGACUGGGAAGAACACUAUUCUUCUCUAUCUAAGACUGUAAAUAGCCACAUUACUGUUCACUGAUGACACAAAGUUAAAUUACAUGACUUUUUCCAGUAGUCAUGCUACCAGGUCAUGCUGUCACAAAGCAUAGACUGUGGGUGAGAUAUAUAAUCAGGAUGAAAUUCUCUUGCCAAGCAGAUUUUCCAAUAUCUGAGAGACAUUUUUACGUCCAUAAAAAAAAUAAUGCUAAUAAAUCAACUGACUAUGUAUGUAACAAAUUCAUUAAUCAUCUCUGGGGACUGAAUUUAUAUCUGUAUUGACUUUGUUGUAAGUCUUGCCAAAACAGUGAGUUACACAAAAGUGUGUGUGUGUGUGUGUGUGUGUGUGUGUGUGUGUGUGUGUGUGUGUGUGUGUUGUGGGCGUGCCACCAUACAUCUGUCUGCACAUUUUCAUGUUUAGUUGAGAUAGAGUGUUUGUGUGUGACAGAGAGAGAUAGACAAUUAAUAUGGAGCUGAAUACAUUCUUAAUAAUGAACUUGUGUUCAUAAAUGUGUUACUACUUUUUGAUGCUUUUAUAAUGCAUUGUGUGUCAAUACAUAUAAAAUUAAGAUUAAUUUUCAUGUUUAUUCAGUUUUGUUUCUCUGUUUCUGAGCAACCAAAAACAUACAAUUUGAGAUGAUAUUUUGUUGUACAUUUGUCAUUGUAUAGUAUAUUGAAAAUAAAGUUACUAAAUAAGAAA